AUGAUUAAUUAAUAAGAUUUUCUAGAAGCUUGUGUAAUUAACAUUACAGACUUUCUUUAAUUAAAUUAGGAAUUCUUCUAAAUAUAUAUUAAAUAAAGCUGCUGAUAAUGGUGAGCCUUCAGGGACACCAUUAGCAAAGAAGAAGAUUUAGUUAUUGAGUGAGUUGAUAUAAUGCAUAUUAGAAUGUAAAUUUCUUAAAAAUUGGAGUUCAAGAUCAUCUAGGAUAUUCUUUUGGGUUAUUAUCUAGUAUAAAAUAUUUCUAUCAACAGUAAAAGCGCAGCUAAAAUCUGUAAAUAUACAAUUCAUUCGUGAUUUUUUCUUGUAUUAAUUAAUCACAUUUAAUAGAUUGGUGAUAUUUAUUUAAGUUGAAGAGAAUGGAAUAAAAUCAGAUUAAUCUUUAGAUAAUUUAGUUGUAAGAUAGUUUUGUGACUUGGGUAGAAAUCUAAGUUCAAGUAGCUUAUAUAGAGGGCUUAGUAUUGGGCGAAAUUAAUAUUUUCUAGGAUUGGAAGGAAAAGCUUGAUUUAAUGGAAUUA